GCCGGCUUAGCAGGUGCCCUGAUACUCCAGGCAUCAGCCUGAAUUGAAAGAGAGGCAGAAUAUCAGAAGUGGGCAGAGUGUUUCAAGGAAGCCCGGGAAGCAGACGCUCAGUCCCAUGGCUGCAAAACUCUUCAGGAUUGCACACCACUCAAGAACAUCACGCUCAUCCGGGGUGCUAAAAUGGGCUUCGACACAAUUGAGGCUCUACCACUCCCUGAGUCAUCAAACCUUCUUGCUGCUGCUGCUCCUCUUCCCAGAUGGGCCGGCUGCCCUUCCUCUUGCUGCUCAUAACUUGAAACCAGCCCUGCCUCCAAUUGUAAAAGACAAACCUUUCCUAGUGACUUGGAAUGCACCAACGGCUCGCUGUGCAGCUGCCUACGAUGUCCCUCUCCACUUGGACUCCUACGGCAUCCUGGUGAAUUCCCAGGAAGCCUUUGUGGGUGGGAACAUUACCAUUUUCUACUAUGAUCAGCUAGGCUUAUAUCCGUAUUACGUGAACACGACAGUGCCACCCACGGCGGUUCACGGCGGCUGCCCUCAGAACGUCAGCUUGAAAGUCCACCUGGAGAAGAUGACAAGGGACAUUGCUGUGGCCAUGCCCUCACACUCUUUUGCAGGUCUCGCUGUGAUUGACUGGGAGAACUGGAGGCCUCAGUGGAUUCGGAACUGGGACAAAAAAAAUAUCUACCGGGACAUGUCCCUCCUCUUGGUCAAGCAAAGAAACCCCCAUUUAUCUGAUUAUGAAGCUGAGCUGGAGGCUAAAUGGGAGUUUGAGACAGCCGCCCAGAAUUUUAUGACAGAUACUCUCCGCUUAGCCCAAUCUCUGCGCCCCAGUGGCUGGUGGGGCUACUACCUCUUUCCCGACUGUUAUAACUAUGAUUACUUGGAUGAUUUUGAGGGCUUCACGGGGCACUGUCCCCCGGUGGAAGUGCAACGCAAUAAUGACCUCUCUUGGCUUUGGGAGCACAGCAGGGCCCUCUACCCGUCCAUCUACAUGGAAGAGAUGCUGAGAACUUCCCCACAAGGGAGGAAGUUUGUAAGGGCCAAAGUGGGUGAAGCCUUGAGAGUGGCCGAGUUGCCCUCUGCCCAACACUCCCUCCCUGUUUUUGUGUAUGCCAGGCCAUUCUACACCUACACCCUGAAGGAGCUGAGCCAGACAGACCUGGUGUACACCAUAGGGCAGGCUGCAGCCAUGGGUGCUCAUGGCCUUGUGCUCUGGGGAGACGCAGAAUAUUCUCGGAACCGGACCAACUGCUUAAAAAUUCAAAAGUAUCUGACAAGCACUUUAGGCCCAUAUAUUGUCAACGUGACCAGGGCAACUGAGCUCUGCAGCCGUCAUAUCUGCAAUAAUCAUGGCCGCUGCAUUCGACGGAGAAUGGACUCUGACACUUAUUUACAUCUUAGUCCUAAUCCUAUGGAGGGCAUCUCCACUCUUGAGUUGGCAAACAGGACUUUAAGCCAACUGCAGAAGGUCAAGAUGGAACAGGAGUUCGCCUGUCAUUGCUACAAGGGAUGGAGUGGCAAAAGGUGCCUUUUCAAGGGGCACAGCGUGCGAUUGUGGGCAGACAGUUGGUGCAUUUACAGCACAGUUUUGUUUGUACUUUGGAUGAGGUAUUUAUGAGCCACUUGGACUAGUUGCUAUAAAUAUUAAUAUUGUGAAGCCAAUGCUGUAAAGUGAAUCCUGUAUCUUUCCGUGUGACAGAGAAGAAAGGUACAGGGAUGGUGUUGGGUGAUGAGAGGCAUGGUUGAGUUUUUGUAACUCUCCCUGACUUCCCAGGAUGUCCUUCUCUUGUGGUGUUUCACUGGGAAAGUUGGCACGUGUGGAUUAGUCCUAGUACCAUUCACUAUCUAUGCAGGACUUCCCAUACACUGGGGAUGGGCUGCUUGGGCUCUCCAGAGGUUGCUCGCAUAUAUCUCUCAGCCAUCGAUGAAGGAUUGUUGGAGAUGAAGUUUAGCCCUUGGGGGAAGAACACAGAUUUUUUACCCAGAAGUUUUUUGGGGGGAAUUUCAAAAAAGUCAAGAAGGUGGUUGCAACUGCAUGAUCACAACAACCAUUUGGAUUUGUUUUUUUGUUUUGUUUUUGACUUCUCCAGCAGGACUUCAUUCCUACCCCAGCAAUACACUACAAAUAACAUUCUUUUUAGUCUCGAAACUUCUCACCAGCAUACAAGCAUCCUUAAUAUUUGAGGUGCACGUUUUCCUAAACUGUGACGAAGACCGUAAUUUCCUAUUUCCUUUUGUUGAAUCAAAACUGAUCUAAGCACAUUAUUUAUAUACAGAGCAAACCUUUCCUACUUGAACCAGCUAGGUGUCCUCCAAAAUGUGAUUGGUGCUGUUUUAAUUGAAAUAUGUAUGUAGGUAUAUGUGUACUUGUCAGGCUACCUCUCUUAUCAAGGAA